GGGGAAAAGAAAGAAGCAGAUGCGCGCCUCCGACACGACCCGAGAGAAGUUCGCAGUAGAGGAGCGGAAGAAUCGGGCACGGGGUCUCCAGUCUGGGAUGCAUACCACGAAAAGUCCGGGCGUUGCGUUCAUUCGGAUCUAGAUGUCUAAGAAAAAUUGCUGAAGAUGGCUUUUUGUGCAAAAAUGAGAAAUCCCAAGAAGCUUGAUGUGGAUCCGAGCGCUGAGGAAGGGCUGAAGAUUAAUUUCUAUUUAGCGGAUAAAGCCCCGAUCCGCUUUUUAGAUGGCGAGUUUAGUGCCGAGGAGCUGUGCAUCGAGUCCGCCUUGGCGUGCAAUAUAUCUCCUUUGUGCCACAACCUGUUUGCCCUGUACAACGAGAAGGAGAACGUCUGGUACGCCCCGAGUCACGUCUUCAAAGUAAAUUCCAGCACGUCUCUGGAGCUGUAUUACCGCGUGAGAUUCCUCUUUACGAAUUGGCACGGGACAAAUGAAAACGAGCAACCUAUAUUCCGGUAUUACCCAAAAAAACAAAGGGAUGAUUGCGAUAAGAAAACCACCCAGGAUGGCGCGCCGCUCCUUGACGGAAGUUCGCUGGACUAUCUGUUUGCGCAGGGUCAGUACGAGCUGGUGAAAUGUUUAGCACCCGUCCGAGAGCCAAAGAACGAUCAAGAGGUUCAUGAAAUCGAGAACGAAUGCCUGGGAAUGGCCGUUCUGGCGAUAUCGCAUUUAGCCAUCAAACGGAAAAUGCAGCUUCCGGAACUUCCCAAGGACAUCAGUUACAAAAGGUAUAUUCCGGAAACAUUAAAUAAAACCAUCAAACAGAGGAAUUUUUUAACCCGGAUUCGAAUAAAUAACGUUUUCAAAAACUUUCUGAAAGAAUUCAACAACAAGACCAUCUGCGACAGUUCUGUCUCGCCGCACGACCUGAAGGUCAAGUACCUUUCCACGCUGGAGACGCUAACGAAAAACUACGGAGCAGAGAUCUUUGAGACCAAAUCCCUCAAGGUUUCUUCAGAAAAAGAGCAGAACGGCAGCGCCGGGGCCGGCGAGGAGAUCCUGCCGCUGUUUGAGGUCAUGGUGACCGGAAACUCCGGCAUACAGUGGAGGAAGAAACCCACUUGCCUUCAAGUGGAAAGAGAGAGGAAAUUAAAAAGGAAGAAAGGAGAAAAUAAAAACAGAAGGCAGGAUGGAAAAUUGAAAAAGGACGAGUGGAACAGCUUCUCCUACUUUCCCGAAAUAACGCACGUGGUUAUCAAGGAAGACACCGUUGUCAUUAACAGCCAGGACAACAACAUCAUGGAGCUGAAGCUCUCCUCCGCCGAGCAGGCUCUGUCCUUCGCCGCUUUGGUAGACGGAUACUUCCGGCUCACGGCGGACGCCCAUCACUACCUGUGCAACGACGUUGCCCCACCGAUGAUCGUACACAACAUAAAGAACGGGUGCCAUGGGCCCAUAUGCACAGAGUAUGCCGUGAGUAAGAUACGGCAGGAAGGGAAUGAAGAGGGGAUGUUUGUGCUGCGAUGGAGCUGCACUGACUUCAACCAUAUCCUCAUGACCGUCGCCUGCUCCAAAACACAACAGCUGGAUCCCAGAAGUUUGAAACAAUACAAAAACUUUCCGAUAGAGGUGAAGGGUGGCGAGUACUGCUUACUGGGGUUAGAGCAGACCUUCGCCUCUCUGAAAGAUCUGCUGAAACAUCUCAAAGGACAGGUUCUUAAGACGGACGACGUCAGUUUCACGUUGAAGAGGUGUUGCCCGCCGAAACCAAGAGAAAUCUCAAACCUAUUGGUUGCAACAAAAAAGGCGAUGGACUGGAAACCGGUUUACCACCUGAGUCAGCUGAGCUUCCACCGAAUACUCAAAGAGGAAAUCUUACAGCUGGAUCAUAUGGGAAGAGGAACGAGGACCCAGAUCUACGCCGGGAAACUUAACUACAAAGAUGAUAACGACACGGAGAGCUCGUUGUCCGAAAAGGAGAUUAAAGUCGUCCUGAAAGUCCUGGACCCGAGCCACAGGGACAUUUCUUUGGCUUUUUUUGAGACUGCAAGUAUGAUGCGUCAGGUUUCACACAAGCACAUCGUGCUGCUCCACGGAGUCUGCGUGCGAGACGUGGAGAAUAUCAUGGUCGAGGAAUACGUCGACUUCGGUCCUCUCGAUCUGUUCAUGCAUCGGAAGAGCGAAGCGCUGACAACGCCUUGGAAGUUCCAAGUCGCAAAACAGCUUGCGAGCGCCUUAAGUUACCUGGAAGAUAAAGAUUUAGUUCACGGGAACGUGCGCACCAAGAACAUUUUGCUGGCCAGAGAGGGAAUCGCUAGCGAUUGCGGCCCGUUCAUUAAGCUCAGUGACCCUGGGAUCCCGGUUACGGUGCUUAGCAGACAAGAACGCGUCGAACGAAUCCCCUGGAUCGCCCCGGAGUGCGUCGAGGACUACAAAGUUUUAAAUGUUGCGGCUGAUAAAUGGAGCUUCGGCACCACGUUGUGGGAAAUCUGCUUUAACGGAGAAGUUCCACUGAAAGACCGGACCCUCGCAGAGAAAGAGCGGUUUUACGAAGGCUGUUUCCUGCUUAAAGCGCCGUCCUGCAAGGAGCUGGCGGAUCUCAUCAACCAGUGCAUGAACUACGACUCCAACCGAAGACCCUUCUUCAGAGCCAUCAUGAGAGAGAUCAACAAACUAGAAGAGCAGAAUCCCGAAAUUGUCUCGGAAAUAAUACCGUAUUCCGAAGUCGAUCCAACCUUGUUUGAAAAAAGAUUCCUGAAGCGAGUCCGGGAUUUGGGAGAGGGUCACUUCGGGAAAGUCGAGUUGUGCCGCUAUGACCCAGAAGGCGAUAACACGGGCGAUCUGGUGGCCGUGAAAUCCCUGAAACCGGGCUCUGGGGGCAAUCACAUCGCGGAUCUGAAGAAGGAGAUCGAAAUCCUGAGAAAUCUUUACCAUGAAAACAUCGUGAAAUACAAAGGAAUCUGCGACGACGACGGAGGCAGCGACAUUAAGUUAAUCAUGGAAUAUCUUCCCUCCGGAAGUCUCAAGGAAUAUCUUCCCAGAAACGUGAACAAAAUCAACCUUAAACAGCAGCUGAAAUACGCAGUUCAAAUCUCCAAGGGAAUGGAUUAUUUGGGGUCGUGUCAGUACGUCCACCGAGACUUGGCAGCUAGAAAUGUUCUGGUGGAAAAUGAGCAUAGAGUGAAAAUUGGAGAUUUCGGCUUGACCAAGACUAUCGAAACCGAUAAGGAGUAUUACACGGUCAAAGAUGAUCUGGAUAGUCCUGUUUUUUGGUACGCCCCGGAGUGUCUGCUUCACUGCAAGUUUUACAUCGCCUCUGACGUCUGGUCGUUUGGGGUCACUUUGUAUGAAUUACUGACUUACUGUAACUCAGAAUACAGCCCUAUGGCGAUGUUUCUGAAUAUGAUCGGCCGGACCCAAGGUCAGAUGACUGUUACUAGACUCGUGCGAGUUUUGGAAGAGGGAAAACGCCUGCCGAGCCCAGCAAACUGCCCCAAGGAGGUUUACCAGCUGAUGCUGAAAUGCUGGGAACAGAACCCGAGCGACCGGACCACCUUCCAAGAGCUCAUCGGCGGCUUUGAGAAAAUUAUAAGCGCCAUGUAGGCUCCUUGCUCGGUCCGUAAACCUGGAGGAAGCCCCCAGAACCGUCGAGACCCCCCCUGCUCCUGUGGAUGCACAUUAUUCCUUCUUUCCCCUAUACACAAGUCGCUCUUCCUCGAAGUCGGAAUUAUUUCCAUACAAGGUGAAGAAAAAAAAAAAAAACGAUAUAAUCGAUGAUCCGACGGCCGACGAACUAUACGGAGUUAAACGGCCGGCAGGAUUUUCUCUCAGGACCUCAGCGUUUUCGCUUCUACGUUUUCUGCCUGUGGUCUUGCGUGACGCUGCGGGACGUAUAGAUGUCGGUAUAGAGGAUAUACCUGGAAACCGUGACUGUUCUGAACGUAUCAGAGACUCUUUGCACUUUUCCCAACGGUUUAACCGUAAAAAUCUAUACAUAAAAAAAAAAAA